GAUUUGCCUGUCAGUAUAAAUUUGGAAGAACAGCGAGAUGGCUUUCCCUGAAAAUUUUGAAAAUUCUAAAAUAAUUAAGAAAAUUAUUCGAAGUGUAUUAAAUCGGGCAAAACCUUAUGUGAAAUUGAAAUAAAUCCAAUAGAAAAUUGUGUGUGACCAUUGUGAAGUGCCAAGGCAAAGUAAUAUCAUACACGAUGAAAUAAUUAUGGCUGUAGCCUCUAAAAUUACACGCAAAAAUGUAAAGUGAUGCGGAAAAAAUCUAUUCGUUGGCAGAAAGAAGGGAAGCAAGAAAAAAGGAAAAAUAUUCAUGCGGAGCAUACACAAAUAGAUAUUGUCGGUGUUUUAUACCAAAAAGUGUGGCAGUAAAUUGAACAAACGUUUCUUGUGGAAACAAAUACAAGUCCAACGAAAUAAAGAAAUUAUUUUUCUUGGAGAAAAAAAUUGAUAUAAUAAGUGCUAGCAAAGUGGCUGAAAAAAGUAAAAGUACACAUAAGAAAAAAAUCUAUUAACAGUUGCAUUCUUUGUACAUACAUUUCGUGUGUCUCUCUCGCACACUUGGGCAGAGAGCAGCGCUGCUCUUAUUGACAGAGUGUUUUGGCGUGCCACAGAAGAAGUUCUAAAAGAGAAUAAGAGGUUUCUCCUCUACCAAGGAUCAUUUGCGAUCUGUGUGGAAUUGUCCAACAACUUGGUAUUUACCUCCUUCUGACUACUGUCUUGGGUGUCUUGGUCUUGUGUCGUACAACCCAUAGCAAAACAAAUAGCAAUGACAUCAAGACUUGAUCGACUUUUUAUUUUAUUGGAGUCUGGUUCAUCGGCCGUAACACGUAGAGCUGCCGCCAAACAGAUUGGUGAAAUACAAAAGUUGUAUCCACAAGAAUUACACACUCUGCUGAAUCGUUUAAUUGGCUAUUUGUAUAGCACCUCAUGGGAGACACGUAUAGCAGCUGCCCAAGCUGUUGAGGCCAUACUUAGCAAUGUACCCGAAUGGAAACCGGAACUAUAUGCAUCAUCAUCAUCAUCAUCGUUGGCCAUUAAGAAAGAAAUCAAAAAGGAAGAGUCAACGACCGCCGACGAAGAGAACAGCUGCCAAUCGAAUGCCUCAUCAUCGGCUACAACAAUAACUUCAAAUUCAGCCAACAGUGAUUACUACAAGGAACGCUAUUUAUCAUUUGCUGAAUUCAAUUUGGAACAAGUCCUCAAGAAAGGUGCCCGCCUAAUUGGUUCCGAGGGUAUAGAAUUUGAUUUUAAUGAUGAUGCAAAAAGCGAUAGCCAGGGAGCCGGCGGCGAUAAUGCUGCCGAACGAUUGAGCCGCCAAAGGGCUUUGCUAAAUGAAAAACUGGGCUUGACUCAAGCCUCAAAAUUGGGUGUAAAUUUAACGGAUUUAAUAUCCGAUGAAGAUAUGAUCAGAUCGGGUAGUAAUUAUAAUGUCAACGAAGAAAAGGUUCCAGUUGAACACAUACUCAAUAUAAAACCCAAUGCAAAUUUAGUGCCAUCCAAUGGCCAACAAUUGAGUUGUCGCGAAAUAAAUAGGGCCAAACGUAAGGCCAGACAAAAUGCUGCGGCCCUAACAACUGCAGGCAGUGUGGUGUCAGCAGCAGCAGCGUCAGUUGGAGCUGCCGCCUCUACAUCAAAUGGUUCUUCGGAAGAACCGGAGAAGAAAAAAUUGAAAACAGGCGAGAGACAGGAUAUAUUUUACAGUUUAAAUGAUCCUGUCCCCGAUCUUACCGGCAAUUGGGUGGAUGCGGUAAACUGGCCCUUGGAGAAUUUCUGUGCCAGGCUUUAUGUGGAUCUUUUCAAUGCCAAAUGGGAGGUACGUCAUGGUGCAGCCACAGCCUUGAGAGAACUGAUUAAUAAACAAGCCUCUGGAGCAGGGAAAAGCUUGAACAUGACCCGAGAAGAGAUGCAACACUAUCACAAUUUAUGGCUGGAAGAUGCUGCCUUGCGUUUACUUUGCGUAUUGUGUUUAGAUCGCUUUGGUGAUUUUAUAUCCGAUCAGGUGGUGGCACCAGUUCGCGAAACCUGUGCCCAAGUUUUGGGUACCAUUGUCAAGGAGAUGGAAUCGAAUAAAGUUCAAGAAAUUGUCUACAUCUUACGCACCCUACUCAAACAAAGUGAAUGGGAAGUACGUCAUGGUGGUCUUUUGGGUAUGAAAUAUGUGUUUGUGGUCCGGGAGGAUUUGUUGCAAAUUUAUUUGCCACAAACCAUAAAUGAUAUCCUCUUGGGAUUGUUCGAUAGUGUUGAUGAUGUUGGGGCGGUGGCUGCCUCGACACUGAUACCCGUUGCUACAUGGCUGCCAAAACUUUUAAAUGCCACCCAGGUAUCGUCCAUAGUUAAGAUGCUGUGGGAUCUUUUGCUCGAUCAGGAUGAAUUGACCUCGGCUAGUAAUAGUUUUAUGGGUCUAUUAGCUGCCAUACUUUGUCUUCCAAAUGCCUCCGCAUGGAUACAAAUGGAACCAAUGUCAACAUUGAUACCUCGCUUAUGGCCAUUCCUAUCACACAGCAGUAGUUCUGUACGCAAAUCCACACUCGUUACCCUACAAACUUUGACUAAAAACACUCAUUGUCCCUUGGUAAAGUCAGCGGAAACCAAGGAAGCAACCGCAACCGUUUUACAGUCCUCAACAGAUUUAACAUCCUCGAAUUUCAGUUUUGACUCGAAAAGUCUUAGACUUAAUUUCGGUGUCAUUGAUUGGAAUUGGAAACUCUUACAAGAUGCCUUGCGUCAUCUAUUUCAACGUAUUCUAGUCGAACCUCUGGUUGAAGUUCAGGAUAUGGCCAAAUUGGUUUGGUUAAAUUUAAUUGCAAAUGCUGAUUUGGGUGCACUGCUGCAUGCUGCCUGUCCCUAUGUUUCAUCGUGGAUAUGUUUGGCCAUGCAGCCACCACGUUUGGCAUUUGAUCCCUCAAUACUUAUACAUGCUGUGACACCCGGCGCAGAUGCUAAUAAUGCAGCCACGGCAACACCAACACACCGCAGACGCCAGUGUAAAUUGGCCGAUGAUUUGGGUGGUUCCAAUCCCCUGUGUAAUCAGAAAUUAUAUUUGGGCGGCUCCGAAUCGACACCCAUUGAGGUACGUGAAAAGAACUAUAUCAGAGCCCGUAUUACGGCCGCCCGUGUCCUUGGCUCUCUGUCACAUUAUUUGGUACAACCGGCACCCGGUGUCAUCUAUACUCCAGAGACUGAAAGUCCUAUGGACUGUUAUGCCAAAGUUUUAUUAGGUCAUUUGAAUUCUCGUUCGGCUGUACAGCGUUUAGUGUGCGGCCUAAUUAUAGCAUUUUGGGCCAAAAGUGAUCCCAGUGUAUGUCCUGGUCCGCUAAAGUUGCAAGAGAAGCUGCGUCAGUGUGUCAUGGAAUCGGUGUAUUAUGAUGAGGUGGCCGUGGCAUUUACAAGACUGCACCAGGAGACUCAGGAUUUUAUUGCCACCCUUAAACAAUAUAAAAUUCCCAUUAAUGAUUUUGGUCAGGCAAAAAUUCUAACUUUAGAUCAGAUUGAAGCAGUUGCCUUUUCCCUUUCGGCUGAUUUGCGUAAAUAUGCAUUGAAAAAUAAAAUUCUCGAAAUGUUGGAAGAACGUCGCAAAGGACUACAAUCUUCAUAUCAGCAAACCUCCACAGAACAGUCUAACUAUAAUAUUAGUACUCAGGCAGCGUUGGCUGGUGCCAUUGUCUAUUUGAAAUGCCUGCCAGAUAAAUUGAAUCCAGUCGUCAAGCCACUCAUGGAAUCGAUAAAACGUGAAGAAAGCCAACUGCUACAGGAAUUGUCAUGUGAAUUUCUUGUCACAUUUAUGGAUCAAGUUUGUGAUCGUGAACCUAGUCCCAACAAUAAAUUGCUAACCAAUCUAUCGGCUCUGCUGAAAAGUGAUGCUGAUUUUACGCCGAAAAUUGUCCAAGCCCCAGCAACCUUAUAUCAAACUCCCGUACACAACUCAGCUGCCGAAUGUGAAUCCUGUGUUUAUUAUGGCAUUUUGACACUGAGUUUACAGCAGAAUUCUUCCUCGACACCGGCAGGUGGUAAAGUUUCCAACUCCUCCUCGUCAAACAAUUCAUCUGGUGGUGGUGGAACAUCAUCGAUAACUGGUGGUGGUGGUACAGCUAGCACUUCCAGAGGUCCCGGUAGACCACCGCUAAGUGAAACAAUUGCAGCCGCAGCUGCUGCAGCCGCCGACGCUGUUACUGCUCGUCAUUAUGUCAAUGAUUUGGAAUUGAAGCGGAAUCGUAUACAACGCAUUGGCUCGGCAUGUGCCAUUGUAAAGCUGUGCCAGCAUUUUGGCAAUAAACUCAUGCAAAAGUUGCCCAUAUUUGAGCAAUUGAUAUUUAACAAGAUCCAGCAAUUCAUGACAGCCUUUCCGAAAAUGGAAUUAUUAAAGAAUCUGGUAAUUGAUGUGGGUCAGACAAAUGAUGUAAUGACCGCCCUGCAAUUACUGGAGGUAGCUGCACCGCAUGUUCACAGCGAUUUGCAUGAUAGAUUUUUUGAAUUACUGCCAGCAUUGGGUAGUCUUAUUGGUCAUCCUCUAAAGGCGGUCCGCCACAUGUCUGCCCGUUGUGUGGCCACAUUGGCCUCUCUGGAUCCAUGCCGUGUAAUGGAUUUUGUGGUCAAUCAUAUUAUGAUUCUCUUACCCAAAGUAGAGAAUCCCAUUGAACGUCAGGGGGCCAUUGAGACCAUUGAACGUGUGGUGGAAAAAUUGCAAAUUAAAAUUGUGCCCUAUAUUGUGCUGUUGGUCGUACCCCUAUUGGGUGCCAUGAGUGAUGUUGACGAGAGUGUACGUCUUUUGUCUACCCACUGUUUUGCCACUCUCAUACAGCUAAUGCCCUUGGAUACUGUGGGCGGACAGCAGGGUAAUGGCAUCAAACAUGAAAUCAAAUCGGCCGAUUUACAGGCCCGAAAAACCAGAGAUCGUGAAUUUUUGGACUACCUUUUCUCUCCCAAAACAAUACCCGACUACAAGGUCCCUGUACCCAUUAGUGUGGAGUUGCGUUCAUAUCAACAGGCUGGCAUCAAUUGGCUUUGGUUUUUGAAUAAAUACAAUUUACAUGGCAUUCUGUGCGAUGACAUGGGUCUUGGAAAGACUUUACAAACCAUAUGUAUACUGGCCGGAGAUCACUAUCAACGUUUGGUGGACAAAGCCAGCCCUCUGCCUAGUUUGGUAAUUUGUCCUCCCACCCUAACGGGACAUUGGGUAUAUGAAGUGGAUAAAUUCUUAAAGGAUCCCAAGAUUUUGGUACCCCUACACUAUGUUGGUUUGCCGGUAUGUCGCGAAAAGUUACGCUGCUUCAUUGGCACCAAGUGUAAUUUGGUUGUGGCCUCCUAUGACACCAUACGCAAAGACAUUGAUUUCUUCAGCAGUGUCCAUUGGAACUAUUGUGUCCUCGAUGAGGGUCACAUUAUUAAAAAUGGCAAAACAAAAAGUUCCAAAGCCAUUAAAAUGCUUAAGGCCAAUCAUCGUUUGAUCCUCUCCGGUACACCCAUACAAAACAAUGUCUUGGAAUUGUGGUCGCUGUUUGAUUUCUUAAUGCCGGGCUUUUUGGGUACCGAAAAACAAUUUAUUGCCCGCUACUCUCGGCCCAUCUUUACAUCACGCGAUGCCAAAAGCUCACCGAAGGAACAAGAGGCGGGUGUACUGGCCAUGGAGGCAUUACAUCGUCAGGUAUUGCCAUUCUUGUUGCGUCGCGUCAAAGAGGAUGUCCUCAAGGAUCUGCCACCAAAGAUAACACAAGAUUUACUCUGCGAAUUGAGUCCAUUGCAAGAGCGACUCUACGAAGACUUUAGUCGAGUCCAUUUGAAUGCCGAAAUAAAAGACUGUCUCGAAAAUGGAGGUGAUUUCAAUGCAAAAACUCACAUAUUCCAUGCUUUGCGCUAUUUGCAAAAUGUGUGCAACCACCCUAAACUAGUCUUGUCACCAAAGCAUCCCGAGUAUAUGCGCAUCACACAGGAGUUGCAAAUGCAGCAGAGUUCCUUGAACGAUAUUGAACAUUCGGCCAAAUUGCCGGCAUUGAAGCAACUUUUGCUGGAUUGUGGCAUUGGGGUCCAAACCGAGUCCGUGUCCCAGCAUCGUGCAUUGAUCUUUUGUCAGCUAAAAGCCAUGUUGGACAUUGUCGAAAAGGAUCUGUUGAAGAAACAUUUACCCAGCGUUACCUAUUUACGUUUGGAUGGCAGUGUGCAGGCUUCGCUGAGACAGGAUAUUGUGCACAAUUUCAAUACGGAUCCCAGUAUAGAUGUUCUGCUGCUGACUACACAGGUUGGUGGUUUGGGUCUCAAUCUAACCGGCGCCGAUACUGUCAUUUUUGUCGAACACGAUUGGAAUCCCAUGAAAGAUCUGCAGGCCAUGGAUCGUGCCCAUCGCAUUGGUCAAAAGAAAGUGGUCAAUGUGUAUCGUUUGAUAACACGCAAAUCAUUGGAAGAGAAAAUCAUGUGCUUGCAAAAGUUUAAGCUACUCACUGCCAAUACUGUGGUUAGUUCGGAAAAUGCCAGCCUCGACACCAUGGGCACUGGACAAAUAUUCGAUUUGUUCAAUUUGAAUGAACGCAACAAGGAGAGUGGUGGUGGUGGUGAAAAACAAACAGCGCUCUCGUCAUCGGGUUCGGGUCAGUUGUCGAUGAAUGCCAUCAUUGAAAAUUUGCCCGAAUUGUGGUCGGAACAGCAAUACGAUGAGGAAUAUGAUGUUACGAAUUUUGUACAGGCCCUAAAGAAAUAAUGUGCAUCCAUCCGCCGCAUGAUAAAUGUGUAGUUGUUUUUUUAUUUUUGAUUUGGGUGACAUUUUUUAUUGUCUCCCGUUUUAUUUUCUAUUUUCUUUUUUUUUUUAAAUUUUUGAUGAACUCUUCAAGUCGUUUCUCUUUUUAUAUUUUGUUUUUUCACCAGUUGACUUUUUUUUAUUGUAAAAUAAUUUUUAUGAAAAUUUAUAUUUUUAAGGCAAACAAAAAAAAAACAUUUUUAGACUUAUACUCAAGAAUUAUAUUUAUGAAAUGCUUUAUUCUAAAUGCUCUAUAUCAGCCAAAUAAAGAAAUUUCAGUUAUGUGUAA